AUUUAAUAUAUUAUUUAAUAAUAACAAGAUUGAAAGUAAAUGUAAAUGUAAAUACAAUUUUCCCGUAAUAUGUCUCAACGCAAAUCGUGUCAGUAUCCGAAUAAUAGUGAAUCAGAAAAUGGAUUCACUGGCUUAGAUAAUAAUGGUAAUGAAUCAAGAGAAAAUUUUAACCCUAGUACUGCUUCAUUGGGUAACAGUUGGCUAUCAGCAACUGAAUUUCGCGCAGUUGGGAUUGAAGAUAUAUCUGUGUGUUCUGGAGAAUUGAAAAACAUAAUACCAAGUUCACCACAACUGGUAAUGAACUCCGAUGGAGGUACUAGCAAUCCAUUAGCUAUAGUUGAUUUAAUCGAUUCUUCUUUAGCAAUAGAAAGCAAUUUAAAUAGUAAUCGAUUAAAUGGAGAGAACGACACUAGCGCAGAAUUGUUAGAUAAUAAUGAAACCUUAUCAGUUGUUGAAAUCUCAACUACUAGUGAUAUUACUGGGACAAAUAAUCAUGAUAUAAAAGGUGAAGUGGAAGAUCAAGAAGAAGUUUCCGUUAAAAACUAUGAGUUUAUAACUACAAUAUUUGAUACAGAUGACAGCUCAGAUUCGGAUGAUGAUACUAGCAAGACCGAUGAUGGUGAUGAUUCUAACGAUGAUGAGCAUAACUUUAAUACAUCAAAUUUGACUCCAAUUACAUCUAACUCUAGUAUAACACUUUUCACGCCAUCUGACGACAACCAUAAUGAUAAUAAUGAUAGUAUUGAUUAUAAUUCAUUUAAUGACAAUCAGGAUGAAGUUUCUUCUAAUGAGAGUCCAUUACCUUCCGAAUAUGAUCAAAAUUCCACUUUCAUUCCUACAAGUAUUGAAGAAGAAAAUGAUAUGAAUGAAAUUCUAAAUUUGUCUGAAAAUCCGGUAGUUAUAAGAUAUGUGCAUGAAGGUUUAAUGCGUGGGAACACUGUUUCAAAUAUUCUUGAUGACGUACUUGCACAAUACAAAGAAAACACUCAAAACAUAGAGCCGGAUUUUAGAGGUGCAGGUGACUUUGUAUAUGAAAUCAAUCCUUUAUUUCUGCUAAAUGAUAUAGAAGAUAGUGAUAGUGAAUGAAUCGACAAAAAAUUACUAAAAAAAUUAAAUGUUUUAAAUUAAUGUUUUAAAACAAUGAGCAGAGGUUAUCGAAUACUCGAAUUGUCUGAAAAUAUAUUGAAAA